AUGGCUGCUCCUACCGAAAGUCUUACCGGCUCUUGUCUCUGCGGAGCAUGGAGGUACACGGUCCUCAACCAGCCCCUUAAGAGCAUCAUCUGCCAUUGCAUCAGCUGCAAAAAGUGGACUGGCGCCUCUUUCAUGCCAAACGUCAUGUUUCCUAGCUCUGCCCUUGACAUGAAGCCAGAUGAAGAAAUUUCUCCACCGCCGCAAAUGACAACUUACCCAGACAAAAGCUCCGACUCGGGCCGCACAGUCCAUCGUCGCUUCUGCGCCAGCUGCGGUAGUCCGCUUUACUGCUCAAGCCCAGACUUUCCAGGGAUGAUCUCAUUAGCAACCGGGACUAUCGAUGGGCGGCUUGGUGAAUCUAAGGCGGAGCAUGCUAUUUUGACAGAAGAAGAGCGACUGAAGGGACUGGCUCCAGAGAUCGAGUUUUAUUGUAAAAGAGCGGCGCCCUGGGUGGAGAUCAAGGGCGUGACCACGAAGCAUCACGACCUGGGUGACUUGGGACAGGAAGGUGACAUAUCCUAA